AUGGCUCAACAAAGGCUCGACCUCAACGAACUACUCCAAGCACUCACUAACUUCCCUACCCAUCCCGACUACCUCCAACUCAUAGUCAAAAAACACAUCAAUCACUAUGAAUAUUACCUCGCUGCUCGAGCCCAACUGGCCAAACAUGAUGGGCCUUCUUUCUUGGCUCCAACAUGGGGAACCGCCUUUGAGAACUCCUCUCUUUGGAUCGGUGGUUGUAGGCCUUCCUUAAUCAUCCGACUUGUUUAUGUCUUAUGCGGGUACCAACAAAACGCGCACUUGGCUGAGUUUCUUGAUGUUGUCACACGUGGAAAACAGGGAGAUAUAUCAAGUUCUCAGCUUAUAAGCAUAGAUGCUCUCCAUGCCAAAACUAUCAAAGAGGAAGAUAAGCUCACUUCGAUUUUCGCAAGCUUACAGAAGGUAGCCGACGAGCCACUGGCGUUGCUAGCAUACAACUCUAGAAAUAUAGGGGAGUCAAACCAGGGUGAGGUUGUGGAUAAAGCGAUGGAUAGUCAUGCCUCUGAUAUGUACAAGAUCUUAGUGGAAGCAGACAAGCUGAGGUUGGAUAUACUGAAGCGCAUGAUAGACAUUUUGACACCAUUGCAGGCAGUUGAGUUUCAAGUGGCGUCAAAAAAGUUACAAGUGGGUUUACAUGAGUGGAGCAAAAGAAGAGACAUCCAAAUGGGGAUUACACAACUUUUUAAUACAGAUAAUCACUCAUCUUCCGGUGACUCGCUGUGA